AUGGGGCCAAUUCUGAUAAAGAGAACCGAGCCUGGUAGCAGUGCCACAGUGGUACAGUUCGCGGUGUUUCCCCUUCCACCUGCGGGCGACGCAAAUUGGACGUCGCUCGCCCUCGUUUUGCGCCCGCUCAACGCUUGCGACGAUGCGAGAUAUCUGCCCUCAUUCACACUUCUGCAUGCCUUUUCGCCAUCGCUAGGAGCCGUUGCAACCGGCACGGCCAGUCACUCGUUUCUUAUCCGGCUCGCGACGCGCCUCGUCGCCACACUCCUUUAG